AUGGUCACGGAGUUCCAGCGCUCCUCUACCAAGAGUACGGCCAGGGACCUGCGCAAGGCCGUGGCGGACCAAGCCAAGGCCCGACAAGAGCUAGUACGACUGAGGGGAAACCGUACGGCGUAUUUGAAGGCCUGGCAGACCUACAUUGCCCAGAUAAUGGACCUGCUCGAUGCCCAAGUCAAGAGCCAGGAGGCAGCCGCCACACAGUCGCUGGCGAGACUGGCGCAGUUGGACGGCGCCCCGACGGACGUGGAAGAGGUCGACUCGGAUACAAUGGUGACCGACGCCAUCGAGGCGGAGCAGCGACUUCGCCAGGAACAGGAAGAGCAUCAAAGGGACGCCAAUUUGGUUCUGGAGGCCCUCCGCGCAGUCAAGAAGCGGGCGGACGAGCACGUUCGCAGCGAUCGAGACGGCUCACGGACACCCAGGCGUCGCAGUACAGAGGGCGAUGCCGAGGCUCCGGACAAGAAACGAGAAGGCAAGGCUACUCCCUUCAAGCUUGGGGUGUCUGCGCAGCCCUUGUCCACUGGGCCAGAAGCUGCGGAGACCAAGCCGCCUUUUCCCAAGGCCCACACCUAA